CAGCCAGCAGCUCGAGCGGCGGCGGCGGCGGCAUUGCAGCGGCCGGGCUGGGAGGCAGGAUGAAGGGCUUCCUCCGGCUGGCCCUCGGGUGCUUGGUGGCGGACCUGCUCACGCUGGUGUGCCGGGCGCAGGAGAAAGCCGGACAGCACCUGGGCAGCAUCGUGGUGCUCUCCGGGGGGAACCACUCCGGCUUUGGGGAGCACGGAGACGCCUCGGAGCCGCCUCCGACCCCGGACUUCUGCCGGGGCUACUUCGACGUGAUGGGCCAGUGGGACCCGCCGUUCAACUGCAGCUCGGGGGAGUUCGUCUUCUGCUGCGGCACUUGUGGCUUCAGGUUCUGCUGUAAGUUCAAGAAGACCCGGCUGGAUCAAAACACCUGCACGAACUACGAGACGCCGGUGUGGAUGAACACGGGGAAGCCUCCUGCCCGCAUCGACGACCCCCUGCACGACCCCACCAGGGAUAAAACCAACCUCAUCGUCUACAUCAUCUGCGGGGUGGUGGCGGUCAUGGUGCUGGUGGGGAUCUUCACCAAGCUGGGGCUGGAGAAGGCGCACAGACCGCAGCGGGAGCACAUGUCCAGGGCUCUUGCUGAUGUUAUGCGACCUCAAGGUCCUUGCACAACAGAUCACAUGGAAAGAGACCUAAACAUUGUAGUUCAUGUGCAACAUUAUGAAAACAUGGAGACAAGGCCACCUGCAAAUAAUUUGCAUGGUCCACAGAUGAAUAAUGUGGUACCAACUUCUCCGCUCCUCCCUCAGAUGGCACAUCCACAUUCAUACCCCAGCAUCGGACAGAUCACAAAUCCUUAUGAACAACAGCCCCCGGGCAAGGAGCUUAACAAGUAUGCCUCCCUAAAGGCAGUCGGUAAGUAAGAAAAAUA